GUGAUUUUUCAACUUGCUGCUCUUUUUCACCUCUUUGUUUUCCCCCUUUUUUAAAAGCAAUCAUCAGCAACUAUCAUUCAAAAGAAUGGCUGCAAACUUUCAAAUGUGCUGCUCUUUUAGAUGCCCCAUUUUUCAUUUGCUGCUCUAUUCUCUCCUCUCUGCUGUCCGUUUUCGAACUCUGCAAACAGGAACUUUGUUGGUACCAUGAAUGUAUUGUUGAUUAGUUUGACAGCGGAUGCUGAGGACUGGUUUUUGAGAUGGAUCUCGGUCAUAUAAGAUGCGAGCUUUUACCUAGACCACCCCUUCGCCCAUCCUUGGCUAGCCGCCAACUUUCCUUUUUGAGACCAUUCUCAGACCCUUUCUGCAACGCCCCAAACCUGAAAUUCCAAACGCCAAAACAUUUUGUAGUUGUCUCAUUUUCCCAAAACCCUGUACCAAUUUCUAUAUUGUCAACUGUUAGUCAAAACCCUCUAUAUUCUGCUCAAAAUAAUGCGUGCAAGCGAGACAUUCGGUCCUUUGCAGGUCGGAAGAAGUCCCGUGGUUCCUCAACUGGGCGCACAGAAGGCAAAGCUGAUUUCCUCCGUCAGUUGAGGCGCAAACCUAGGCAGAGAGCUAAGAAAUAUGCCGAGUCCUUUUUCUACCGCUUGAAAAAUCCAAAUGGGAACUAUCCUGAUAACUUCUCUGAGGAUGAGCUCCAACAAAUUGGUCUUGGUUAUGAUCGGUUUGUCAGAUUCAUGGACAAGGAUGAUCCAAAUUUGCGCCACCCAUAUGAUUGGUAUAAAUAUGGCCAAUUUGGACCUUAUUCAUGGCGAGGAGUUGUUCUAGGUGACCCAGUUCGUGGUAGAUUUACUGAUGAGCGUGUGACAAUAAUAAAUGAAGUUAAGGAUCAUGAGGAAUGGGAGAAAAUUGAGCAAUUUGAAAUGGCUUCAGAAUUUGGGAAAAGAUUGAAGCAAAUGGACAAAAGCAAAGGAUUCAGGUAUUUUUGGGUAUUCGUGAGGCACCCGAAGUGGAGACUUUCUGAGUUGCCUUGGCAGCAAUGGACGUUGGUUAGUGAGGUAGUCCUUGAAGCUGGUAAGCAGAGGUUGGAUAAGUGGAGUUUGAUGGGUAGACUUGGGAACAAGGCAAGAUCUUUGAUAACACAAUGUGCAGCAUGGAUGAGACCUGAUAUAAUAUAUGUAAAGCGGCCGGUGUAUCAAUGUAGGUUUGAGCCACAGGAUAACUUUUUCAACGCACUUAUUCCAUUUCUCGAUCCCAGUACAGAACAUGAUUAUCUUUUUGAGUUAGAAAAUGAUGAUGGGACUGUUGAAUUGUGUACUUAUUUUGGUGGGUUGUGUAAGAUUGUGAAGGUGAACCAAAAAGCAUUUGUUGACGAUGUGGUCAAUGCAUAUCAGAAAUUGACUGAGGAGAAAAAGUCAAAAUGUUUAGAAUUUUUAUUGAAGAAUCAUCCAGUUUUACUUUUACAUCCAUACACAAAGGAGUGGAAAGCUAAGCUGGAGGAGAUGGAGCUGGGUUGUGAUGCUCCUGAUGAUGAUGGUGAUGAUCCUAGUGUUGAUGAUUCUGGUGAAACUGAGAUCUUAGAUUGGAUUGAGGAUGAUGAAGGUGGUGUUGGCGGUGAAGGCAUUACUGAAAAUGACGAAGAUGAGGAGGAGGAUUAUGGUGAAGGUGGCGAUGAUGACCAAGAUCUAGUUAUGGACAUGGAAGAAAAUGGAGACAGUGAGGAAGAUACAUUUACAGAAGAUGAUGGGAUGAGUUGGGAAGAGAAGCUUCGAAAAGCCCUUGGCAGUGCAGAAGCUAUGGAAAAGCUAGCAAAGGAGAGUGUAGAGUUCACCUCAAAGUUAUACAAUAAACACUCAAUGACGGAAGAGGGUGAGGAAGAACAAAAGCAUUCAUCAGAUAGAGAUGAAACUGCCUUGAGAGGCAAGUGGGCGAAGGUUAGUCCGGAAGAGUGGAAGUAUGCUGGGAUUGGUCCAUGGAGGAAAAAGGUCAAGAAGAGCAAGCUUCCUCCAGAGUUGUUUUUGCGAGCAGCCGUUAGACCAUUUACGUACAGGAAUCUUGUUAAGGAGAUUGUUUUAACUAGGCAUGGAAUUUUGGAUGGUGAAAUAGGCAGGAAGGUUUGAGUUAGUUGCCUUUUAAUGAGGCUAUGUUUUUGUUGGAAUAACGUGUACAAGUCUUUCCUAUGGUUUAGAGAAGAUUGAAAUUUUGUAAUGGCUACUAUGGAAGGAUUUGUUUGAUUUAUGUUCACGUAGUUGCUGAAAGCAAUAUUUGUUGUC